UUUAAGGGCUGGUGCAAUUUCCUUCCAGCGAUAUAAAAUGGGCAUUUUCUUUUUUCCCGCCCAUUCGUUUCUCACAUCGUUUGUGCUUCGCUGUUGGCUGGCUCCAUCUUGACUCUCUGCAAUCAUUAUACUGUAAAGCAGGGUUUCGUCGAAAGAUUGGAUCGUAGCAGCAUGGAACCUUUAAUCUCUCAACUUGCUAAGCUGUUCAAUGACACGCUCAGCCCCGAUGAUACUGUAGUCCGCUCUGCGACCGAAGUCCUUGACCGUCUCUCGCUUCUUCCGGAAUUUCCCUUUUCUCUCAUCUCCAUUGCCACCGGAGGCGAAAAUCAGGGGCAAAGAAUAGCUGCUGCCACUUAUCUUAAGAAUUUCACUAGACGUCACUUCGAUGGUAACGACCCAUCUACCAAAAUCAGUAAAGACUUCAGGAGUUCGCUUUUCCACGCUUUGCUUCAAGUCGAACCAUCGGUUCUUAAAGUUUUGGUUGAGGCUUUUCGCAUUGUGGUUGUUGCUGAAUUUGUAAAGGAGAACUCUUGGCCCGAACUCGUGCCUGAGCUGAGAUCAGUUAUUCAAUGUAGUAAUCUAGUUAACGAAGGUCCCGGUUCUCAAUGGAACACCAUCAAUGCACUUACAGUUCUUCAUACAAUUAUUAGGCCGUUCCAGUACUUUUUAAAUCCAAAGCUGGCAAGGGAGCCGGUUCCACCACAGUUGGAGCUAAUAGCAAAAGAAAUUCUUGUACCUUUGCUUUCCGUCUUCCAUAAUUUCAUCGAAAAGGUUAUAUCCACCCAAGGUAGAACAGAAACAGAAAUUGACAAAAUGUUUCUUAUCAUAUGCAAGUGCAUGUACUUUGCUGUGAGGUCAUACAUGCCAUUGGAUUUGGCCCCUAUGUUGCCUACAUUUUGCCGUGAUCUAUUUAAGUUCCUGGAUUCAUUGGCUUUUGAUGGUAGAAUGACUGGAGAAGAUGGGUACUUGCUGAGGCUGAAGACUGGGAAGAGGGGUUUGCUCGUUUUCUGUGCCUUGAUUACCCGGCAUCGGAAGUAUUCCGACAAGUUGAUGCCAGAGAUGAUGAGUUGUGUUUCCAGAAUAGUCAAGUACAGCCAUAAUAUUAGUAAACUGGAUUUCUUGUCAGAGAGGAUUGUUUCAUUAGCUUUUGAUGUUAUUUCACAUGUUCUGGAGACAGGGCCAGGAUGGAGAUUAGUUUCACCUCAUUUUACGUCAUUGAUGGAGUCCGCAAUCUUUCCGGCACUAACUAUGAAUGAUAAGGAUGCUUCAGAGUGGGAAGAAGAUGCAGAUGAGUACAUGCGGAAGAAUCUUCCAUCUGAUCUUGAAGAAAUUUCUGGGUGGAAAGAGGACCUGUUCACAGCCAGGAAAAGUGCAAUAAAUUUACUUGGUGUUAUUUCAAUGUCAAAGGGGCCUCCGGUGGUGACUUCUGCUAAUAAUACUGCUUCAUCAAAAAGGAAAAAAAGUGAGAAAAAUAAGAGGAGGGAACAGAAGUCUUCUAUUGGGGAGUUGUUGGUGCUCCCUUUUUUAUCAAAAUUCUCCAUUCCUUCAGAUGUCACGUUGUGCCAAACUGAGGUCUCAAAUAAUUAUUUUGGUGUUCUCAUGGCAUAUGGUGGUCUUCAAGAUUUUCUGAGAGAGCAAAGUCCUGGAUAUACAGCAGCUCUGAUUCGGAGUCGGGUGCUACCAUUAUAUUCCUUAUUGCCACCUCCCCCUUACUUGCUUGCUACAGCAAACUGGAUACUUGGAGAGCUUGCACCCUGUCUCUCCCAGGAGAUGAGUACAGAAGUAUAUUCUUCAUUGUUGAAGACUUUGGCCAUGUCAGAUUUGGGAGAUAUUUCUUGUUAUCCUGUCCGGGCUUCUGCUGCUGGGGCAAUUGCUGACCUUCUUGAAAAUGACUACCCACCACCCGAAUGGUUACCCCUCCUGCAAGUUGUGGUUAGUAGGGCGGAUAAUGAAGAUGAGAAUGAGUCUUCCAUUCUAUAUCAACUUUUGAGUACUAUAGUGGAGGCUGGCAAUGAAAAUGUUGCACCUUACAUCCCAUCCCUUGUUCAAUCCAUGGCUUGGAAUAUUUCAAAGCGCAUACCUCCUAAUCCAGAGCCAUGGCCUCAGGUGGUUGAACGGGGCUUUACAGCACUAGCCACAAUGGCUCAAAUUUGGGAAGAUUCUGUUCCUGAAGAAACCAAACAGAAUGAAUCAGGUGAAAAAUGGAGUUCUGGAUGGAAGAACAUGGCUGGUGCAUUUUCAGUUCUCCUGCAACAAGCUUGGAUCAGACCCGUACAACCAAUGGAAGACAUCUCUCAUACAACAUCCCUUCCAUCAUGCAUUGAUGGUGCAUCAAAGUUGCUUCUGUCUAUUCUGAGAUCUGUUUCUGAAGCCGGUAUGAUUUCAGAACUGAAAAUAUCAGAAUUGCUGGUAGCUUGGGCAGAUGUGAUUGCAGAUUGGCAUGCUUGGGAAGACGUGGAGGAUUUAUCGAUCUUUGAGUGCAUCAAGGAAGUGGUUAGUUUAGACAGAAAAUAUCAAUUAAAGAAUUUCCUUGUACAAGGGAUUCCAUCCCCUCCAGGCCCACCUGUAUCACAACAAUCCAUUAUUGAAGGUAUUGGUGCUUUUAUUAGUGAGGCAAUUUCUCAAUAUCCAUCUGCAACAUGGAGGGCUUGCUCAUGUGUCCAUUUACUUCUCCAUGUUCCAAGAUUCAUGCUUGGUAGUGAAGGUGUUAAGCAGUCACUAGCAGUCACCUUCAGUCGUGCAGCUUUUUCUCGUUUCAAAGAGCUUCAAAGCAAACCUUGUGCACUUUGGAAGCCUCUCUUGCUUGCUAUUGCAUCAUGCUAUUUAUGUAAUCCUGAUAUUGUUGAGAAGAUUUUGGAGAAGGAUGUGGAUAAAGGCUUCACAGUCUGGGUGUCUUCACUGGGAUAUAUCUGUACUAGCUCUUUUGAACCCGGUCUCUCAGCUGAGUCUGAGAUCAAGUUAAUUGUGAUGACCCUGGCCAAGGUGGUUGAACGGUUGCUAGGGCCUACUGGGGGUCCAGGGGGUGAACUGGUGCAGGAUUGCUUUGUUUGGCUAAUGGAGGCAGCUAUACGCCUCAAAGAAGUGCAGGAAGAAGAUGAAGAUGAGAAUGAUGGUGAAGAAGAAAAAGAUGAGGAUGAAACUGAUGAUGAUGAUGAUGAUGACGACGAUGACGAGGACUCUGAGGAUAAUGAGCGUGAAGAAACAGAACAAGAAUUUUUAGAUCGUUAUGCCAAUGCAGCUCUUGCCCUUGAAAAUGGGAUGGCUGUGGAAGAAGGGGAUGCAGAAGAUCAGAACCAGGAAAUUGAAUUGGGUGAACUGGGUGAAGUUGAUCAGCAAAGAGUUGUACUGACAUUGAUAGAGAGGAACCAUCAUGUUUUUGUACAAGGGAAGACAUUACCGCCACAACUUAUAAGAGGCUUUUUAAACACCUUCCCUGAGUAUGCUUCUUUCUUUCAGCACCUGCAGUGAGAGAAGAGAUGAUAGUUGAGUUAGAUUUUGUAAAAAGAAAAGAAAUUUGUUGUAAUUCAUGUACCGCUUGUUUUGCUUAUAGGUAAUUUGAUCCGUUAUCAGUGCCUUAAUUGAUAUGCAUCCUAAUUUUUUAAUUUGUCAAAGACUCAGACUGUUCUCUGGGACGACUUGAUCAUUUUAUUCAUGGGUAUUUGCAUGGUUCCA